AUGGCGACUGUAUAUCAUUUCCCUGAUAACAUUCAUGUUACCAGCACUGUCACUAUCAAGUUGAACAACACCAACUAUCUUCUUUGGAAAACUCAAUUUGAGUCUCUUUUGUCAUGCCAAAAGCUCAUCGGGUUCGUUAAUGGUGCCAUCACAGCUCCGCCGCGUACCAUCACGUCAACGACCGGCAACACUGCCACAGAGGUCCCAAAUCCGCAGUAUGACUCCUGGUUCUGCACAGAUCAACUCAUUCGUUCUUGGCUGUUUGGAACCUUGUCAGAGGAGGUACUCGGGUACGUUCAUAAUCUCACCACCUCUAGAGAUAUCUGGCUCUCUUUAGCUGAAAACUUCAAUAAGAGUAGCAUAGCUAGGGAGUUUGCUCUUCGUCGUAGCUUGUGGGUUCUAGAGAAAAAAGUUAUGGCCUUUGCUGCUUAUUGUCGUGAAUUUAUUGCCAUCUGCGAUGCUCUUAGCUCUAUUGGAAAACCCAUUGACGAGUCCCUUAAGAUCUUUGGGUUAUUGAAUGGGUUAGGUCGUGAUUAUGACCCAAUCACGACUGUGAUUCAAAGCUCUCUGUGUAAACUCAACCCUCCCAGAUUUGGUGAUGUCGUGUUUGAAGUCGAAAGCUUUGACACAAAGCUCAGAUCCUACAGUGCUCCUGACUCAGUCACUCCACACUUAGCUUUUCAAGCUCAGCAGUCAGGAUAUGGCAAUCAAUCUAGAGGGGGAUAUCGAGGCAGAGGAAGGUCUGGUCAAAACAGAGGACGUGGUGGCUAUUCUUCAAGAGGCAGAGGUUUCUCUCAACACUAG